UGGGAGAAGAUGAUGCGGCUGAGCGGCCGGCACGGACUGAAUGCAUAAUUGGCCUAUCUUAGUCAUAGAUUUUCACUUGCCUUGUCUAGUUUCUUGCCAAAUUGCUGUUUAAUGUCGAACUGUAGCCGCCGCGGUGUAGGAACUGAUUAGCAGUUACGGCAGAAGAGGAGUGAGGCAGGAACUGAGAGGAGUUGGGCAUCAAAUUGCACCGGAUGUCAUUACACGCUUUUAAAUAUCGAGGACUGUAAUCGAGACCAAAGGCAGAGCCAUGGAGGUUGUAACACAUUUUGUGAAUGACACUGUAGAAUUUUACAAAUGGAGCCUUACUAUAGCAGACAAGAGGGUGGAGAACUGGCCGAUGAUGUCAUCUCCCCUCCCCACUCUGGCCAUCAGCUGCCUGUACCUGCUCUUCCUGUGGGCAGGGCCUAGAUACAUGCAGGACCGCCAGCCCUAUACACUCAGGAAGACCCUCAUAGUCUACAACUUCAGCAUGGUGGUUCUCAAUUUCUACAUCGCCAAAGAGCUCCUACUAGCCUCUAGAGCAGCCGGGUACAGCUAUCUCUGUCAGCCUGUCAACUACUCCAAUGAUGUGAAUGAAGUCAGGAUAGCAUCUGCUCUCUGGUGGUACUACAUCUCCAAAGGAGUGGAGUUCCUGGACACGGUCUUUUUCAUCCUGAGGAAGAAGUUCAACCAGGUCAGCUUCCUCCAUGUCUACCACCACUGCACCAUGUUCAUCCUCUGGUGGAUCGGCAUCAAAUGGGUCCCCGGUGGACAAUCAUUUUUUGGUGCAACCAUCAACUCUUCCAUCCACGUGCUCAUGUAUGGUUACUACGGUCUGGCAGCCUUGGGACCUCAGAUGCAGAAGUACCUCUGGUGGAAGAAAUACCUCACCAUUAUUCAGAUGAUCCAGUUCCACGUGACCAUCGGCCACGCCGGCCACUCCCUCUACACAGGCUGCCCAUUCCCCGCCUGGAUGCAGUGGGCUCUGAUUGGCUAUGCUGUCACCUUCAUCAUCCUCUUCGCCAACUUCUACUACCACGCUUACCGACGCAAACCUUCCUCCACGCAGAAGGGAGGCAAGCCCGUCGCCAACGGCACCUCGGCGGUAACUAACGGUCACAGCAAAGCGGAGGAAGUGGAGGAAAACGGGAAGAGGCAAAAGAAAGGAAGAGCGAAAAGGGAGUAAAGGAGGAAGAGGGCUUUCUUGGCGAUUAACAGAGAGAGGACAGUUGUUUUAAGGGCCAGAGAAGGAGGGAGGGGAGGGAAGGGAUAAAAAGAAAAGUGCAAACAAGACCGGCUUCAUUAUCCUUGCAAAUAAUAUAGAAGGAUGCGAUACGUGACCAACUUGGAAAGGUGAAAGAGUAGCAGUGUGUGUUUGUGGAUGUUUCUGUAAGAGUUUCUGGAUUUGAGAGAACGAGAGGGGUGUUGGUUGUCUCCAUAACAGGUUUAUUUUGUUUUUGUUUUGUUUUUUUAUCAAGAAAAGCAAAAUGCUGAUCACGUACGCUCUGCGUUCUUCUGUCCAACUGUGUUUUGGACCGUAAUAGGACCAAAAUAUUCAAGGACCUACAAACUGCUCAGCAUCCACUAACUUACCAACCAAAAUUCACCUCCAACUUUUGUACUCUGGGUUCCAGUAUUGUUUUAACUCAAAGCUUAAAUAGUCUUUAAUAUGCUACUUUAUUUUCUAGUGCUCUAAAAGAGUUUUAAUGAAUUUAACUAUUACCGACAAAAGAAGUUUAUACCAAAGGUUUUUUUUUCUUGGUUUGGGGGGGUGGGGGAUUUUUGUUUACGAAUACUUAGAGCUGUGCAAAGUUAACAAACAAAAAUGACAAAACGACGUUCUCACGACUGCCAUUUACUGUAUUUAACUACUUUUAUCUAUACCAUCUACCAAUCCAACAUGUCAUGGACUUUACUGCUGUCUCAAACUGAUUUAACUGUGCUGCAUUUACAGAAUGACUUUGUGUUAAUUGUGAAUUAAAGAACUGGUUUAAAACACAUUGGGAGGGGAGUGUAGUUUCUUUUAGUAUUUAUGCAAAUUUGUGGGUAUCUUUGUCAUAAUAUUUUUUUGUGGGUCCUCAUGAUUUAUUUCUUUUUGCUGUGUGAUGUAGCUGAGGUGCGAGAAUAAGAGUGAAGUUCAGCUCAGUUUUGUCUCACUGCCAUGUAGGACUGAAGGGAAACUCAUCCUGAAAAGAGCUUUUUUUUAAAGAAAACAAAUGGUUAUUUCAUUGUCUUAUUGAAAAUGAAAGCGACACAGCUUCUGUCUGCACAUAUAACUGAAAUAAAGACAAUGUCAGC